AUGUCUCUUGACAUCUCCGAGCUUUCGUGCCACCUCGCGGGCCAGCUCGUCGCGGCGCACCCCGCCUAUGACGCGCUCUUCGACGGGUUCACACUGGCGGAGGAUCGGGGGAACAAGGCAGCGCGCGAGGAGUGGGCGUGCGGAGUGCUCUUCGCAGCUGCGAAGGCGUCAAAGUGGCUCGGCUUGACAGCACACGCCCGCCCCGCAGGCCUCAUCGAAACUGCGUUCGCGGAACUGGGGCGGCGGUGGCUGCCGAUCCUCGAUGCGUCAGAACUGGGGCGGCGGUGGCUGCCGAUCCUCGAUGCGUCACGCGUGGCCUGGGACCGAGGCAAUGUGUCGGAGCUUCGACGCCGAGUUGCACUGGCAGCAGACGGCGUCGGGCAGCCCGCGCGACCAGGCGGCGAUCGGCGGCCCAAGUUCAACGCGCACGACUGGGAGACGCGCCAGUCGUUCGGUGCAUUCAUGGAGAUGGGCGAGGGCACGAUCUCCGAGGUGGUCGUGCUCACACAGGAGAAGCUCUGGCACCGCAAGCAUACCAAGCUCGCGGACAAGCGCCAGCAGGCCAUCGCCGCGUCCCGCUACGCAUCGCGUGAGGAGGGCUACUGA